UCUGAAUACGGGUGGGAAAGGAAUUAGCGGGUCCUGCCAGCUGCCCUGCUGCUCUAGGCUCGGUUUGUCAGCCUGUCGCACUCUUGCCCCCUUCCCCCCCACCCGGUGGUACCAUGGCGUCUGGCGAGGAGGACGGAGCGGUGGAGGAGAAAGAAACCAACAACAAGAAAAAGAGGACAAAAAGCGCUAUCGCUAUCGCAUGGCUCACCGUCUACAACAUCGCCAUGACGGCCGGGUGGCUGGUGUUGGCUGUUGCAAUGAUUCGGUUCUAUCUCCAGAAAGGCACACACAGGGGCUUGUACAGAAGUAUAGCAAGAACACUUAAGUUUUUCCAGACAUUUGCUCUGUUGGAGGUCGGGCACUGUGCAAUUGGAAUUGUUCGGACAUCUGUGAUCGUGACUGGGGUCCAAGUGUGCUCUCGGAUAUUUAUGGUUUGGUUCAUCGCGAGUAGUAUCAGACAGGUCCAGAAUCAGGAAAGUGUGAUCCUGUUUCUGGUGGUGUGGACAGUCACUGAGAUCACACGUUACUCCUUCUACACCUUCAAUCUGCUUAACCACCUGCCAUACUUCAUCAAAUGGGCCAGAUACAACAUGUUCAUUGUCAUGUACCCUUUGGGAGUGAUUGGUGAACUGAUGACCAUAUAUGCUGCUCUACCUUAUGUUCGGAGAUCGGGCAUGUACUCCUUGAGGCUCCCAAACACGUACAAUGUCUCCUUCGACUACUACUACUUCCUCAUCAUCGUAAUGCUCUCCUACAUCCCACUAUUUCCUCAGCUCUAUUUCCACAUGCUGCGUCAGAGGAGAAGGGUGCUUCAUGGAGAGGUUAUAGUGGAGAAAGAUGAGUAGAGAAAGACCACACCUGACCACCAGAUAGCAAUCAACCAGUGCUCAGAAAAUCUCCACCCAGCCUUCAGUCCGUGGAGAAGAACGCCAGAUAACAUCAAACAGACUGUGCCACUCUGUCUGCAGGAUCAUCACAACCCAAAACUAUCAUACAGAAAAAAAAAAAAAAAAAAAGAAUUGCUUAAGUACCCAUGCAUAGGUCAUAAAAAUCUCUUCCCUCAACCACAGAGACAAGCUCCACCAGACCUGACAACUACAUGCUUUCCACCCGGAUGGAAAUACUACAAUCAGUAUUAUCAACUUAAACCUGCCUGGUGCACACCGUAAAAUCAUAGAUGAGGAAACCUUUGGCUGUAUUCUCUACAUUUCAUCACAAAGAAAGAUGGCCUUUCUCUGGAUUACACUGUCCCCGUUUCGGAUUGCAUCUUUUUUUCCCCCCACAUAUUUCAUCUGUAGUCUGGAUUCAAUCUCGCAUUUCUCUUUUUUUUGCUGGAAUAAUUCUCUCUAGUUUGGAUAUAAUCUCACUUUGGAAUGGACAUCUAGGAUGGAUGCUACAAUCUCUGGUUUGAAUGAAGUUGCUGUGUUUCAAGCUUUUCAAAAAGAACGUAAAGCAGCCAGCUGUCUAAACAUCUCUGCUGUGGCAUCCCUUCCUUCUUUUUUUGAAGCAGGAUAAAAUGGAUAUAGCUGUUUCCAGAUUUGCGAAGAAUGCAAUUUGAAAGUAAUGAACUGGCUUAUUUACUGUGAUUUGCAAAGAUCACAGCGAAAAAGAGCAAGAAAGUGAUGGAAGAGGAUAACAGUAAAGGUGCAUGGAAGGAAGUUCCUGUUCUAGCUAUCCGUCUUUUUGUCCAUCACUGGGUUUGGUUAUGCAAACGUAUUUGUUAAAAAAAAAAAAAAAAAAAAAAAAAAAGUUGAAAUUAAAUAUUCUCCUAUGUUGAUGUUCAUUUCAAUGGGGUGCUUUGGCCAGAUUUGGAGAAUCUCUUUAUAGUGAAAUGUAUUGAAGGUUAUAUAUUGUUCUAGAAAUAAUUGCAAUAAUAUAAUAUCAUAAUUACUCAGACCUGUCACCAUGUACGCAUGUCCUUGCAUUUCAUUAUGUCCAGGUUUGCCUAUGUGAUUAUGUUCAUGGCCACUUGCGCUGUGGCUCUGGCUGGUUAGCAAGAAAUGCUAAUCCAGCAAGCGACCUUUUGAGCCAUCUACUACUUUCCUUCACUUAAUUUUCCUCCAAAUUGUCAACACACUGUUGCUGUGCUGUCUCUCUGUCUCUCUCCAUCUCUUGUUUACACACACACACUCACAUUAAUUUACUAAUUUCUUUAGAAAAGCAAAGAACAGUUGAUUUUCAAUUGAAAUAUAAACAUGUUUUAAUUUCCUAAUUGAAUGAACAUAAAUAAAAAAAAUAUUUUAAUCUAUUGGUUCAUUCAUGUUUAUGGGCUCAAAAUAGAUCAUGUUACUUUUAGCAAAAAUGAUUUUAGGGUACACUCAUAUAUUGUCUUAUAAAUCAAUGAUUCAUUUAAUGUGGCCAGCCUAGUUGGGAGGAAACUUUUUAAAACAGUUUGGAGUUGAAAUUGGAGGGCUGUACAAUAAAAUAUAUAUAUAUAAUAAAUGCUAUUGGGCAUCAUCUGCAUUCAUACAUGUUUCUUUUUUUGAAAAGCAAAUGUUACAUUUUCAAAGCUUUUCUUUAAAAAGCUCCUCCCACCUUCAAGACAUGUCAUCAGAAAGAGUUUAUCCUAGUCUGGCCUGGGUGCCCCUUUCAAAGGAAAAGGAUAGCAUUUGAAACGGUGAUGGUGCUUGCACAUUGGUUGUAUACUGAUGAUGAUCCAGCCUGGUCCAAGUUACAUUUUCAGAGUUGUAUAGAUCAUAGAUAGCAAUAUAGAUUUGUGGCAGUACUCUUGUUAUUGUUUUAAUGUAAAUACAUGAGUGUGGUGUCAGGCCGAAGGGAAAGAAAAAUGUUGCAAUGCUUUGAAAUAUUUUUUAAUACCUCGACUGCACUAUGACUCUUUAUGUCGCUUCAAUGUUUACAUCGCAAACUAGAGGUUUAAAACCUGUUGGUGAAACCUGUUCAGAGGUAACUGGAGAAAAGAGCAGCUCAGUGUUGGGAAGCUCGAGGACCUGGUUACACCUGAUCUGAACCACAAUUAGUCUUCUUGGCUGUCUAUGUUGUGUUGUGAUUUGGGUCAUUCCAUGUCAAAUUACAUUUUAAUGGUACCAACUGUGAUUACAUAUACAUCUCUGUAAAAAAAAAAUAAGGGACAACUUCAGUUUCUGAAUCAGUUUCUCUGAUGUUGCUAUUUAUAGGUUUAUGUUUGAGUAAAAUGAACAUUGUUGUUUUAUUCUAUAAACUACAGACAACAUUUCUCCCAAAUUCCAAAAAAAAUAUUGUCAUUUUGAGCAUUUAUUUGCAGAAAAUGAGAAAAGAUGAAGAGCUUUCCGGCCUCAAAUAAUGCAAAGAAUACAAGUUUAUAUUAAUAAUGUUUUAAUGUUUUCUGAGUUCAGAAAUGAAUAUUUGGUGAAAUAACCCUGUUUUUUAAUCACAGUUUUCAUGCAUCUUGUCAUGUUCUUCUCCACCAUUCUUACACACUGAUUUUGGACAACUUUUACCACUCCUCGAGCUUGGUUUGAUGGGUUGUUAUCAUCCAUCUUCCUCUUGAUUAUAUUUCAGAGGUUUUCAAUUUGGUAAAAUCAAAGAAACUCAUUAUUUAUAAGUGGCCUCUUAUUUUUUCCAUAUGUUUAGACAUCAUGGUUUGGUAUGAGUAUGGUGCAACAGGGUAUCAGAUUAUCAAAGGUUGCUUAUUUAAAUUGAUCAACAGUUAUGGACGUUAGUUAUUUAGUUGUAGUUUUGCGACCAAAAUCAGAACAGAAAUCAUAAAGUACUUACUUACAGGAGCUCCACUUCUGAGGUGGACACACCGAACCAUGAGACCUGUAGCAGCAUGGUGAUUCAGUUCAGAUCAUUUCUCCAGGUGCCAUAUUAUAUAGAUGUUUGAUCGGUUUUACACUUAAAUUGACUACGUCAGUUUGUCUCUGAAUGUCUCUGAAAAACUCAAAAAUAACAUGGUACCACAGCAACCCCCUGAGCAACCACCAGAGACACAAUAGGCCCAGAACCCAUUAGCAACUACCUUGGCUACAACAACAACCACUUUAACGAUUCCCUAAUAAUCAUUCAGCAACACUGACACAUGUAUUUUGGAGGCCACUUAGCAAAACCAUGCAAACUAUCUGCUUAAGCAUGAACAUCUUAUAACAGGACUAAAUGUUUUUCAGCACCCCCUAGCUGACUUAAUGAUUAGAUACUGCAUAAGCCAUCAGUUGCAGAACAGGUGAUCAACUACCGCAACCAAGAAGAGGGUCUAAAUCUGAAUGGUAGGUUUUACUGCUACUGGAAUUUUCUUUUGCAUUUAAUUCUGAAUGCUGGUGGCCUUUUGGGAUGUGAUGAAUCGAUCAACAGUUGAAACUUAUUUUUAAGAAAUUUGGCAUGGAAUGGCUCAUUUGUUUUUUAAGAACUUUUAAUUUAAAGCAACUUUUUUUGUUCUGAGCAAUUUCUCUCUCUCUAAGGUGCUAAUGUCACAUCAUUAAUCCUUCAGUGCAGCUGAAGAGGAAACGGACGGGGUCAAAAUGGGCAAAGAGUGCAAAACGUGAAACAAGUGAAACGCCUCGUCAUAAAAUGUGAAUACUUAAGAAAGUGGAUGUGUUGAUUUUAGUAAGUGCACUACAAGUUUAUAAGUGUAUUAAAUGAACAUCAUGCUAAAAAGAAGUAAUGACAAGAAACAAUAAAAAACAACUAUGGUUCAAUACA